UUUUUCUUAAAAUUGGAAUUCUAUUAUCCAAACAUAAAAUAAAAUAAAAAAGACAGAGAAGGGAAUACUGAGAUAGUUUCCUUCACAACCCCCAACAAUGGCGGCGGUUGCCACAAACCGGCCCCAAACUCUGCCGGAGCCCACUUUGAAGCUUGAUUGCAUUCCUCAGAUAGACAUUAGCUCCCUCUCCCAGACGGAGCUUCACGCCCUCUCCCUCUGCUCCUCCUCCGCCUUCGACCUCCACUGUACCGACGACAUCGUCGUCCCCAAAAUUGACCGUGCCACCUUCAAUGAAAGCGCUGGUUCUCGUCGCCAGACUUACUCUCGUCCUCGCCGCUCACAGUCUUCUUCGUCGUCGUCCUCCGUUCGCACCGUUGCUUCCGCCGCCACCGGUCAUCGUCGUCGAGUUGCUGGACUUCUCCCGACUCCGAAAGUCUCGCAUAUCCUCGCUGAUGAUCCCGAACGCUACGAGAACCGUUCGAUCAUCGAUCACCUCAAGCGUUUCAUCUCGCAAGACCCUAAAUUCAACUUUGUUGAGUUCUCUCAGCCUUCGUCGCAAAUGGAAAUGGGGUUUAAUUACGAGGGAGGGCGAGGAGUUGCGGAGUUAGAUGGGGGAAGGGAUCAAAUGUCAUUGACGAGUUAUGGCGGAGAGAGGAAGAGAAAGAGAGGGAGGAAGCCGAAAUUGUUGAAGGUCCAACUUGAAAUGCAAAAUGUGGAGCCUGAGAGUUAUCGAGGUCUGGAGAUGGUGAACAGGAAUGGCGUUGCGGUCGACUUUUCGGCUUUGGGAAAUGCCGAUGAUCCAUACGGAGAGGAGUUCAGAAGGAGAACAGUGGGUUUGGAGAGUGAGGAAGCGCUUCUAGGGUUUCUCAGAGAGUUGGAUGGGCAAUGGGGUAGUAGAAGGAAGAAGAGGAAGAUUGUGGAUGCGAGUGAGUUUGGUGAUGCCUUACCCAUUGGUUGGAAACUUCUGCUGGGCCUCAAAAGGAAAGAGGGUCGUGCCUGGAUUUAUUGCAGGAGAUACAUAAGCCCUAAUGGACAACAAUUUAUAAGCUGCAAGGAUGUUUCUUCAUACUUGCAAUCUGUUGGUUGUCGCAAUACCCCGCAUCUAUUGAAUGGUCACAAAAAUGAAAAUAAUCAGGAAUACAGGCAGAUUACUGAAAAUCAUGCAGGUUUGAUCUUUAAGGAAGGAGAGCAAAGACAAGACCUAAAUUCAAGUUCUGCUGCACCCACUUCUACUUCUUAUGAGCAAGAGAAGGAAGUUGCUUUAUUCGGGAUGGAGAAUCUUGCAGAGGUUCAGAUACAUGACCUCUUUGAAUGUCACAAGUGCAGUAUGACAUUUGAUCAGAAGGAUGCAUAUUUGCAGCACCUUUUGUCCUUUCACCAAAGGACUACUAGGAGGUAUAGGCUUGGUUCAUCUGUUGGGGAUGGAGUGAUAAUCAAAGAUGGAAAAUAUGAAUGCCAGUUCUGUCAUAAAGUGUUUCUGGAACGUCGACGCUACAAUGGCCAUGUGGGGAUACAUGUAAGGAAUUACGUGAGGAAGGUUGAAGAUGUGCCGGGUUCAACUGAACAGCAGAAAAUUGAAUCUCCAACCACAGAGGAUUUGCCCGCAAAGAUCUCUAAAAUGGAUGCUUUAAUUGAAAUUGCUCAGAGUUCAAUACUAAAAACUUCUGCGAGACUUGGUGAUGGAUCAAAAGGUGGCUCUGCUCCUGAUAUAUCUCUUGCAAUUUUCAGUUCGGAAUUUCCCGAUUUUAAUCCUGAUCAUGAUAUGAACACGGAUUCUCCUCAUAGUGAACAUGAUCUUGAUGAUUGCAUGAUCGACCAGGAACAUAUGGAUCUUCAAGAUAAUGAGCAUGUGGUCACUGAUGGAACUACAGAGAAAACUGAUGGUGCUUGUGAAAUUGUGGAUGUUAAGAUGGAUUCAAUACUGGAUAAUUCAACUCUUCUUGCUACUAGAAAGAUAGAAAAUAAUGCACUUGAAUGUUUUGUGAAGGAAGAUAGUUCAGUAUUUAUCUCUGAUAGAGUAGAAAAGCCUGCUAUUGAGCUGGAAGGAGUUACUGAAUGUGAUAGGCUUACCCCGGUGAGUUCACAAAGUAUUUGCAAUGUUGAGAAUGCAGCAAAAAUGGAUAAUGACGGCACCUUAGGCUUAGAGCACCUGAAGCCUGUUCAAGUAAAUGCUUCCACAAAUAACGCACUAGAAAUCGACAUCGAAAUUAAUAUGGAUGGUCCAACUAAUAACAUUGCAGUAGAGUCUAUACAACAAUGUUCCGAAGGAACAGAACUCCACUUUGAGGUUUCUGAGUGUUCAAUGUCCAUGCUGCAACCAUUACCUUGUUUUUCCUCAUUGAAGGAAACUUCUGAUAAGAGACAAGCAAGUGAAAUGGGGUUUGAAGAGCUGAGGCUGGAAGAAAUAGAACCUUUGCAGUACAGUUUUGUGGGUGGCCAAGAUUCUUCCUUGCAGGAGGUGCCAAUAGAUUUGGAAGGUGCUGUUGAGAUGGAAGGUGCGUUUGGUUCCUCUGUCCAUUUUGAAUCCGGGGAAGUGAUGUUAAACAUGACUGGAACUCGAAGAGAUCAGCUUACUGCAUGUGUAUGGUGUGGGGUAGAAUUUAACCAUAAUACUGUUGAUUCUGAAAUGCAAUCAGAUUCUGUUGGAUUUAUUUGUCCAACAUGCAAAGUAAGGAUAUCAGGGGAAUUCAAUGAAUUGGAUAAUGGAUCACCUGUUAAUCAUCACCCGCUUUAAGAAAAGGACAGGUGGGGGUAGGAAUGGUAGAAAAGCUCUAUUGGGGAAAGCACUGCCGGGCCGGUUUUCCUAGCAUUAAUUUACCUGUUGUAACACAAGCCAAGCCCUAAUUAGCAUUUUUGUUUCUUUGUUUCAUCUCUUAGUAUUUAUCACGUCUAAUGAAAUAUUAAUAUGGUAAAUGAAAAACUUUAGAAAGAUCAAACUUGAUUUAAUACCAAAUUAUGUGAGCUUCAGUUUCUUGAUAAAUCUUUAUAUGUUGUCUUCUUAUUCCGGAGGAUGCCUUGUCCUCUGAUUUUUUGGUGGAUCAGAUUCAUGAUCAUUAGUACUUUAUUUUUAUUUUGAUUAUUUUAUUUUUUGUAUUAAAAAGGCAUCCAAGACUUCAAUCCUGUAAAUAAUCUUUCUAAAUAUGGUCAUACAUGUUUCUUUGGUCUAAA